AUUCAAAUCCAAUCAAUAACAUAAACUCAAAAAGGAUGAAUCAUAUGUUUUACUUCUUUCUUGCCUUAGCCGCUGUUACGGCCGCGACCGCAGAUACGUACAAACCAGUUUUUGCAAUGGAUGGUUAUCCCAUGCUCGACGGCCUUAAUUACUACGUUCUCCCCCUCUUCAACGGCCCUAUAUCCGCAGGUGGUCUGACUCUCGCCCCCCGUGGUGACAACCAGUGUCCCCUCUAUAUCGGGCAGGUAUAUUCAAGUGAAUGGGGUAUUCCCGUAAAAUUCUCAAACUGGGGAUUUGAUGGGUUCGUUCCCCAAUCAGCGAACCUCAACAUCGAGCUGAUCGUCGAAGCUACAACCUGCGUUCAGUCAACCUAUUGGUGGGUUACUGACGUAGACAGUAAGACGUCGUUAAUAGCUGCUGGUCCUAAGCCAGAACAUGGAGAAGAUUCCUCCAAGAGUUUCUUCCAGAUCAAACUAGCUUCUGAAGAGUUUCCUCAGGCUUACAAGUUUGUGUUUUGUCCUAAUGAUAGUGAUUGCAUCGAUGUUGGGGUACUUCAGGACGAGUAUGGUCUUCGACGUUUGGCUCUAAGCUCUUCGCCAUACCCGUUUGUGUUCAAGGAAGCUAGAGAGUCAGCAACUUCGUCUUCCACAACUAUCUGAGAGAAAUUAAAGAUUACACAAUAUCAAGAUGAUAAGAGUUUUUUAACCUACGAGUAAUAAUAAAACUCUGUGUGUUCACCGUUUUCCUUUUUCUUCAAUCAUCAUAAUAAAAUAUCUUUCUUUUUUUUUCUUCUUUUAAUUCUCUAUCUAUUUAAG